AUGGCGUUUCGCUGGUACCAAGCAAAGCUCAAGAGCGCACCGCUCGCAACCCAGGCCAUCACGACCGCAAUCCUCUUCGGCACCGGCGACACAAUGGCGCAGCAGCUCGUGGAGAAGCGCGGGUGGAAAGCGCACGACGCGAUGCGCACAGCGCGCAUGGCCGGGUACGGCGGCGUCAUCUUCGGGCCCGCGGCGACGACGUGGUACGGUGUGCUGACCAAGUACGUCAACACGCGCAGCAAGAACGGUACUAUUCUUGCGCGUGUUGCGUGCGAUCAGUUCUUGUUUGCGCCUGUGAAUAUGGGCCUGUUCCUCUCCACAAUGGCCUACCUAGAAGGAUCCUCCAUAUCCACACGCCUCGAAACCGCAUACAUCCCCGGCCUGACCAAGAACUUCAUGGUGUGGCCGUGGGUGCAAUUCGCAAACUUCAAGUACGUGCCCGCCGAUCUGCGCGUGCUGGUCGUCAACGUCGUCUCGCUGGGCUGGAACUGCUACCUCAGCGCGCUGAACUCGGGGGGUGGGAGUAAAGUCGAGGCCGCCGUGGUCAAGGUCAAGGAGGCCACGCAGACGGGCGGGAGUAGGGAGGGGGGACAGCUGCCGCCGCAGUAG